AUGCGCGUCGCCCGUAUCAUUGCAGAAUCUGACAAGACUCAUGGAAAAGGUGACCGAAAGGAAGAGAAUGGCAAUUAUGUGGAGGACACCAACGGCAAAUGUGAUGUUCUCGAAGUCCUGAACCUGCGCGUGAAAAAGAUUCCCAUACUUCCAGUGGUUGGUGUUGAUUGCUAUCAGCGACAGCGUUAUGCCGAUACCAAGCAGAAUCGUGGAGAGGAUGUGCAUGACUCAGAGGAAAAAGCUGCCUCCUUUGAAUGGCUGCGGCGGUAA